AUGGAGAAGAAGGGGGAGGGCAACAGCAACAGCAAGAAUAGCAAGAGCAGGUCUCCCUCACACGAGCCGCACCAGCACCAGGCCAACGCAACGACCCACCGACAAGAGGAUGAGUGGAAGCACCGCGCCCCUUACAGGGUUCUCGACGACGAUGACGAUGACAAGGACGUGUCUCCGGCUCGCUGGCAUGGCGCAUGCCACUGCGGACGAGUGAAAUACCAACUCCACCGCGACCGGCCCCUGUCCUCCAAGUACUGCCACUGCACUACCUGCCAGCGCCUCCACGGCGCCCCCUUCCAGUGGGCCGCCAUCUUCCACAAGGAAGACAUCCGCUUCACGCAGGGCCACCACGACCUGGGCUGGUAUGACCCAAGCUCGCAGUCCCAGGCGCACCACCUUCCAUGCAAGGUACAGUGUGCGUUCUGCCGGACGCCCAUCAUGGACGAAGGGCGGAACAUGAUCUUGCUAUUUCCUACCUUGAUCGAGGGGAUUAAUACGCCCGAGGGGCGGAAGGCGUUCGAGGCCAAGUGUCACAUGUUCUAUCCGCAGAGAGUGGUUGAUUUCAAAGGGGAUGGGGUGGCCAAGUGGGACGGGCUGGAGGAUAAGAGUGACUUGUUGGAUGACGAUGGGAAUGUUGUCAAGAAGAGGAGGAAGGAGGAAAAGAAAAAGGAAGAGAAGAAGCAGAAUGGGGACGAUGAGGAGGAGGAGGAGGAGGGUGAGAGAUGA